AUGGGGCCAGACGAUCGAAUAUGUAAUCACUCUCUCGCUGUAACACAACACGUGUUGUCCGGGAAUCCCACCACAUCCGCGGUUAUGUUUGCCACCGGAGUUAUAGGCAACUUGUCAGCUUUGGUGUUCUUGGCGAUGCGGUGUAACAAGCAACGUCUGUCUCUGUUCUACGUACUGGUAACAGCGCUUCUCAUGAAGGAUUUACUGGGGACCCUGGCAGUCAGUCCUCUCGUGUUGACUUCUUAUGCAACGAAUACGACGUUGACGGGAAUGAAGAAUGGCAAAGAACUGUGCAAAUAUUUCGGAUUCAGUAUGACAUUUUUGAGCCUUGCUACUUUGGCCACGGUGUGCGCCAUGGCGCAGGAGCGAUACCUCGCCAUUGGUCAUCCCUACUUUCACGAGCGGCAUUUAAACAACCGCUGUGGGUACAUCACCAUUCCUGUUAUAUAUCUGGGCUGCAUUAUUUUUUGCGUGACACCUUUCGUGGGCUUUGGUUCCUACGUACAGUAUUGUCCGGGGACGUGGUGCUUCCUUGACAUGAACCCAAAAGAUCUUAGGGGUAAAGUAUACGCUGGCCUUUACGCCACUUUUACCCUCGUUAUGAUUUCGGGCACUGUACUUUGUAAUGUAAGUGUCAUUUGCCACCUCGUUAAGAUGCGCCAGAGGCGCAGAGCGCGGGCGCAGGGAUCCAGACAGAAGAGCUACCAGCGGUCGCUGUCUCUGACCGAGGAAGUGGAACAUCUGCUGCUGUUGAGUUUCAUCACUGUGGUUUUUUGCAUAUGCUCAUUCCCUUUAGUGCUCAGAGUGUAUUUCAACUUAACAACCAGAGCGGAGGAGAAACACUACACUGAUCUAGCUGCUCUACGUAUGCUGUCAUUCAACUCCAUCAUCGAUCCUUGGGUCUUCAUCAUAUUUAAUCCUUCAGUGAUGCGGUUCUUCUGGAGGAAACUACGAAGACCCAGAACCCCUCAGGUCUCCACGAUAAAGGCGCGCCCUAUUCAGCCCAAGCUGGUCGACUCGAGCUUCUCAACCAUGGAGACAACAAGCAUGAACAUGGACCGGUGUCAUGACCCUUGAGCAGGAUUAUCAGUGGGAUCCUCUGACUAGCUAGCUAGCUGACAAACCAAACAGGAAGUCAUCCACCUUAGUUCUGCUAUAGCAGUCAAAAAGGGAAUUGUAUAGAGGAAGUAACCCUUUACAUGAUGUAAGAUAAUCUUGCAAUCAUGAACUGGGAGUCAGGUGGCUGAGUGGAUAGAUCAUCGGGCUAGUAAUCUGAAGGUUGCCAGUUCGAUUCCCGGCCGGUGCACAUGACGUUGUGUCCUUGGGCAAGGCACUUCACCCUACUUGCCUCGGGGGGACUGUCCCUGUACUUACUGUAAGUCGCUCUGGAUAAGAGCGUCUGCUAAAUGACUAAAUGUAAAUGAACUGGCAAUGUAAAAUAUAUUUAACAACGGGUGUAGCUUUUGGAGCUGUUGACCAACUGAUAUCAUCUUAAAAUUAUUUAGUUCUCUAAUUAAUUGAGCAUGUGCUAUUCUCCCAGAUCCCAAAGUUGACAUUCAAAAAUGGUUCCCAAAUCAAAAUAAUUGUUUACUCAAGCUACCAUGGCUGUUAGCAGAUAAAUCUGUGAGAAUUGUUACUGUCUAAAAUUGUGUAAGAGCUCUGGUUUCCCAAAAGCCCCAACCUGUGGCUUGAAGGUCAUUUCUCCAAUGUCUUUAUUCCGCUCAAAUGGCAUUAGACCUUUAUGUAGUGUUUUGUUACUUCCAGUCUGACAAAUGAAUACCAGACGUUGAGUUUGCCAUAUCCUUCUUGCAUUGUCCUGCCAUCUUGGCAUGUUUAACUUUGAAUAGGUUAGGAAACAGCUGUUAUUGUAAAAGGUCUUUAUAGGACUGUUUUUUGUAUUACUCGGAAACCUCUGACCCACUGGGAAAGAGAUCUUAAACAGUUAUUUAUCAAGAUGGAACCGCCAGUAGCCCGACAGCAGUUCACACAGGUUUCCCUGGAGCAUCACAAGCAUACACGUCUGUGUCGUGUGAACAGCUCACAUGCUAACAUGCAGUAUGUCCCAACUGGAAAUAAUUCACAGCCAUUGCACUUGUUAGUGUCUUGUGCUGCCCAACAUUAACAAACAUUAACGAGGAUUAAUAAAAAAACAGUGGACUGUGAACAGUCCAGUAAAAUCAGCAUCAUCUGACAUUGCGUGUGCAGGUUUCUCAGAGCUGGGUUGGGCUAAAUUUGCGGUUUGACACAUUCAUAUCGCACCACCUCCCUUCAAAGCCACUGCAGGGGCAG